AUGAAGCUCUGCCUUAGCUCUUUGAUAGUCCUCCUUGGUACUACCGUCACUAUGGUUUCGGGCAAGUGCUACGGCGAAGGCCUUAACACUGAUAUCAAUUGGGGAGGACGCGAUGGCCAGGCCGCCGCUCGUGCAGCCACAGAGUACGCUUGCCGUGACAAUAAUGGCAACUUCAAGGGGCAUUUCAAUCCAGGCGAGGAGAAGACCUACUGCGUGUCAUUUGGCUCGAGUACCAGCUUUGUCUUUAAAGUCAAGAACCUAAACACCAACCAAGGCUUUGACCUCAACGACGACGAUUGUGCCCUUCGACUGCAAAAUGAAAUCAAUGGUUGCAAUGAGGGUGGCCAAUCAACCUUUUCAGGCUGGUGGUUUUCCUCAGAUCCUGAGAAUUACGCCAACUGCGGAAAUUGA